UUGAGAAGCUUCAUUAGCACUAAUAUUUCUUUCUGCUCUAGUAUCUGUUUGAAUUUCUCUUGAAAUAGAUGAGCUGCGCUGUAGAUAGACCCUCCUCCCCAUCCUUUAAAGUCACCAGGAAGUUUUUUUUUUAACAGAGAGCUGUGAAAGGUGUUGUGCUUCAUUUCUCUUUGAAAAGCCUGAGGUGAGGGUCGCAGAGGUGAAUCUUGAUGCUGAAUUUUCUAUAGAUAUUUAAGGAAUUGAUUAAAUGAUUAGCACCAGUUUGCUGUUUUGUUAUUGUGAUUCAGACACAGUUGGACUAACUCAGGAGCUUGAAGCCUCAGCAUGAUGAGCCGUCCACAGAAAUACAUAGAAGGUGAAGCUCUUCACUGUCAACGUGAAAAAUCAAACAAUGCGUUAAAGCUCAGAGUGGCCGUGCUGGUUGUUUGUGUUCUCCUGGUAUCGGCUCUCGUGGUAAUUUAUCUCUUGUUUGAGCUUUUGAAAACCAGGGAAAUGCUCAGAAACCUUGAACUGAAGCAGGUAACUGUAAAAACUGAUGUCACAGUUGAACCAUAUUACAAAUGUGAAGAUGGCUGGGAGCAACACAGAGGAAAGUGCUAUUAUUUCUCCACAAGAAAAUCAUCCUGGGAUCAGAGCAAAACUGAAUGUAGCACUAAAGGAGGAGGCCUGGUUAAGAUAGACAGCAGCGAGGAGCAGAGUUUCUUGGGGAAAAAUGUUCAACAAAAAACGGUGGGAUACGACGACCUUUUCUGGAUCGGCCUGACAGGCUCAGCAGAAGAGGGCAAAUGGUUGUGGGUGGACGGCUCAUCACUGAACGAAAGGUUGACAUUUUGGAAGGAUCAAGAGGCAGAUGAUUUGAGUGGAGAAGAUCCCGAUGGAGACGACUGUGUGGGGAUGGGGCCAAUAAUUGGUUGA